CUUUUAUAAAGUCGAUUAUCUCUCUAUCUUCUUUUCUUUUAAUCAGCUAUUUAAAGAAAAAAAAGGAAAACAAAAGAAAAAAACAAGAACAACAUAAAAAAAAAAGUUGUCAAUAACUUGUACAUGUCAUUGAAUUGGAAAACAUUAUUUGAAAAGAAAGAUAGCAAAGAGCAGCAUCAAAUAAAUUUUUUGAAAGUCAAAAAGAAGAAUCAAUCUUAAAAUCAUUUUUAAAUUACUUUUUUCUUAUAUAUUUUAUUGCAUUUAAAAUUUUUUAAUCCUUUUUAUAUUUUUUAAAACGCAAUUUUUUUAUCUCUUAAAAUUACCCUUAUUUUUACUAUUAUUCCUAAAACGAUUAUUAUUUCAUUAUGGCUACCAUUAACGUAAGACGUGACGUUCAAGAUUCUUUUUAUCGUUACAAGAUGCCUCGUAUUACUGCCAAGGUUGAAGGCAAAGGUAACGGUAUUAAAACUGUUAUUACAAACAUGACUGAAAUUGCUCGUGCUUUAUCUCGUCCUCCUUCAUAUCCUACCAAAUAUUUUGGUUGUGAACUAGGUGCCCAAGUUAAAUGUGAUGAUAAAAAUGAACGUUAUAUUGUUAAUGGCGAUCAUGACGCUGCUAAACUUCAAAAUACACUCGAUGGUUUUAUUAACAAAUUUGUUUUGUGUCAAUCUUGUAAGAACCCUGAAACAGACAUUAUCGUUAAAAAUGAUGAAAUUUUAAUGGAUUGUAAGGCUUGUGGUGCUAGAAAUACAGCUGAUAUGCGUCAUAAACUUUCUGCUUUUAUUGUCAAAAACCCCCCUGCUGUUGCUUCUAAGAAUGUUCGUAAGCAACGUAAAGCUGCUACAGCUCAAGCUAAUAAUACCGGCGAAGAUGCCAAUGAUAAUGCCAACUCACCUGUUGAUGAUGCUGAAGGAAAUGCAUCUGAUGAUGACAUUAUUUCUCAACGUAUUCAAAAGCAAGCUGCUGGUCUCAAGAUGGAAAGUAAAUUAGCUCUUGAGGAUUGGUCUGAGGAUACCAGUGAAGCUGCUGUUGCUCAACGUAUGAAGGAACUCUCUGUUAAGGGUAGUGGCGCAUUUGGUGGAGGUGAUGAUGACGAUGAAGAUGCUGUUGAAAACAAAUAUGAAGCCUUUGGUGUCUGGCUUUUAGAUAAUAAGACUAGAAAAGAUGAAGAAAUUAUCGAAAAGGCUGAAGAAUUAGGUGUAUUUGGUAAAUAUAAGGCAUGUCAAGUGUUGGUUCAAGGUAUUUUUGAUGAAACUAUUGUCUCUCAAAUCCCUAAACGUGGUAAAUUGCUUCAAAAGUUUGUUGUUGAUGAAAAGUCUCAAAAGGCUACUCUUGGUGGUAUUGAGCGUCUUGUGGGUAAUGACUUUUUGGAUACCCUUUUGAAGAAGGUGCCUACUAUUUUGAUGAAAUUAUAUGAUUUGGAUAUUAUUGAUGAUGAAGUAUUUUUGAAAUGGGGUGAGAAACCUUCUAAGCGUUAUGUUGACCGUGACAUUUCUAAGAAAGUUAAGAAAGCUGCUGUUCCUUUCUUAGAUUGGCUUGAAAAUGCUUCAGAAGAAGAAUCAUCCGAAGAAGACUCUGAAUAAAUAAUAAAUUAUUAUAUAAUAUCUAUUAAACAUAUAACGAGACAUUUUCAUGUAUAAA